AUGACAUUUAGGAACAAUUUAAGCUUCACGGAGAUUGCAAUCGUUUGUGUUCUGAGCAUGUUAACUGUUCUCACAAUAGCCGGGAACUUUCUUGUUAUGUUUGCCAUAUUUGUGAAAACAAAACUUCGUCAGAAUGUGACCAAUUGUUUCAUUGCAUCUUUGGCUGCUGCAGAUCUGUUAUUGGGCACAGUGGUCAUGCCGUUCGCUAUCAUCGAGUAUCAUAAUUCGGCAGAAAUGAACUACUUGACAGAAGAACAACGGAACAGCUAUGUGGCUUGGCCAUACGGCCAGGAUUGGUGUGAUUUGUGGCACGCAUUCGAUGUUCUGAGUUCGACAGCGUCCAUUCUGAAUUUGUGUAUCAUAUCUGUGGAACGAUAUAUCGCCAUCUCGGACCCAUUCAACUAUCACACACGAAUGACGCAUUCCCGUGCUCUCAUUAUGAUCGCCAUAGCAUGGAUCUGUUCAGCACUGAUUUCCUUUCCGGCCAUCGUUUGGUGGCGCAAUUCUAGCGCAAACUAUCAAAGUGUUCUUCAGCCCAACCCCCUGAACGGCACUCUAAUCACAGAGUGCACGUUCCCUGUGGAUCAGCUAUACCUGUUUCUAUCAUCUUGUGUGUCGUUCCACAUCCCCCUAAUUGUUAUGGUAUUUGUGUACUGGAAAAUCUAUCGUACCGCAACCAGAGUAAUGCAAGGAUUAACACGGGGAACCGCAGUUGUAGACGGUUCGGUUGACGGGGAACGCCUAGUGCUACGUGUGCACAGAGGGGGUAGCAAUAAAAAUCAUCCAUCACCUUGUCAGCUUUCUGCUGCCGGAGCUCCCUCGGACACAAUAUAUAUGAAUGAACAAUUCGGUCUGGCCAGUCAUUCCCCAUGUGACAGCGAGGCAUCUUCACCGGUGGUACCCUUGAACGUACAUCCGAUAGAAAUGAAUGAAGCGUUGGAGCGUACGAGUCGUAGGCCAGAUGAGGAACGUCAUGUGAGAUUUGCCCGGAAUCCGGUAGCCUUAAACCGUUUCUCGGUUGCUGAUCGAUGCUGUCCACCCUGUCGUAAAUGUGUUUGUUGCGGUUUCGCGUUUACUGCUCGUUUCAAUCAUACCAACGGACAGAAUGAACAUUUGGGGGACUUGCAUGAUCCGGAUGAGAACGCAUCCGCCCAAUCGGAUCGGAAAAAACGUUCGUUUAACUUGAAAAAGCGAUUGAAACGUUUUUCGCAAGAGCAACGCGCAGCCAAAACGCUGGGCGUAAUUAUGGGCACGUUUAUCUGUUGCUGGUUACCAUUCUUCAUUUACAAUACAAUCAAAAGCAUCAGUCCAUCACUGAUUAAGGAACAUGAUUAUAUCAUAUUCCCGUUGGUCACCUGGCUGGGAUUCGUGAACUCCAGCAUCAACCCGUUUAUUUACGCGUUCUCCUUACGCGACAUCAAACGCGUUUUUCGUGAAACUCUCUGUCAGUUGUGUUCUCACGGAAAGCGUGAAUCUGUUCUUCCCGGAUAUUGCCUGGCAUCUACCACUUCCGUCGGACGUCAAAUCACCGGGCAAACAGCUUGA